CCGCUCGCCAUGCGGCCCAGGGCGGCCUGGGCCUGGUUGCCCCUCGCCCUCUGGACGGCGGCGGCGGUGGCCCGGGUCCCCUCCGCGGGGCUGGGGCCGACGCGCAAGCAGGAGGACUCCUUCUCCGCCCUCGGCGUCCAGCGAGCCCGAGGCAUGGCCAGAUGUCUCAGCCUGCACAUCACACGCAUCUCCGCCUUCUUCAGGCAUUUCCAGAACAAUGGUUCCCUGGUUUGGUGCCAGAAUCACAAACAGUGUUCAAAGUGCCUGGAGCCCUGCAAAGAGUCUUGGGACUUGAAGAAGAACCAGUGCCAAAGUUUUUGUGAGCCUCUCUUUCCCAAGAAGAAUUAUGAAUGCUUAACUAGCUGUGAGUUCCUGAAGUACAUUCUGUCAGUGAAGCAGGGAGAUUGUCCAGCACCUGAGAAGGCCAGUGGUUUUGCAGCUGCCUGCUUGGAAAGUUGUGAGGCCGACAGCGAAUGCUCCGGAGUGAAGAAAUGUUGCUCCAAUGGCUGCGGACAUACGUGCCAAGUGCCAAAAAACCUUUACAAAGGAGUUCCUCUGAAGCCCAGAAAAGAGUUACGAUUCACAGAACUUCAGUCUGGACAGCUGGAGAUUAAGUGGUCCUCGAAAUUUAAUAUCUCAAUCGAACCUGUGAUCUACGUGGUUCAGAGAAGAUGGAAUUACGGAAUCCAUCCCAGUGAAGAUGAUGCUACCAGUUGGCAAACCGUGGCACAGACUACAGACGAGAGAGUUCAACUGCCUGACAUCAGACCUAGCAGGUGGUAUCAGUUCCGGGUGGCUGCUGCUAACGUACAUGGAACGAGAGGUUUCACCGCUCCCAGUAAACACUUCCGUUCGUCCAAAGAUCCCUCUGCUCCUCCGGCUCCAUCUAAUCUGAGACUGGCCAACUACACGGCCAACAGUGAUGGAAGCGUGACGGUGAGGAUCAUGUGGGAUCUGCCCGAAGAGCCCGAUAUUCCUGUCCAUCACUACAAAGUCUUUUGGAGCUGGACAGUGAGCAGCAAAUCAAUGGUGUCGUCGAAAAAGAAGAGAAGAAAGACGACUGAGGGGUCGCAAAAUUACGUGGUCCUGGAGGGACUUCAGGCAAAUAGCAACUACAUGGUGGAAUUGCAGGCCAUUACGUACUGGGGACAAGUCCGCCUGAAGAGUGCCAAGGUGUCUCUCUACUUCACUGCGACUCCAACAUCCAGCAGUAAAGAGCCGCUUACGAAGACUAGGAAAGGAGUGAUGGAAGCUCUUUCCCCUUUUCCAAGAAGGACGCCCACCCGCUUCCUGGAAAUCGGAGCUCCGUUCUACCAGGAUAACCGGCUUCAGGUCAAAGUCUACUGGAAGAAGACCGAAGAUACGAGUGUGAAUCGCUAUCAUGUGCAGUGGUUUCCAGAAUCGUGUGCUCACAAUGAAACGCGUGGCUCGGAAAAAGCAACCGGCGUGACCCAAGAAAACUAUAUAAUCCUUCAGGAUCUGUCAUUUUCAUGCAAAUAUAAAGUGACCGUCCAACCAACGAGAUCAAAGGGCCGUUUGAAGGCAGAAAGUAUUUUCUUUACUACCCCACCUUGCUCUGCCCUUAGAGGAAAAAACCACAAGCAUAUUAGCUGCCCUUCUGAAGGUGUUUUCCCCAAAGUGUUGGCGAAGCCUGAGAAUCUAUCUGCUUCCUUCAUCGUUCAAGAAGUUAAUAUUACCGGCCACUUUUCCUGGAAGAUCUCCAAGGCCAAUCUCCAUCAGCCUAUGACAGGCUUCCAGGUCACUUGGGCAGAGGUUACUACAGAAAGCAGACAGAACAGCCUCCCCAACAGCAUCAUUUCUCAGUCCCAGAUUCUGCCAGCAGAUCAUUAUGUUCUGGCUGUUCCCAACCUGAGGCCCUCGACACUUUACCGACUCGAAGUGCAAGUGCUGACAACGGGAGGGGAAGGGCCAGCGACGAUAAAAUCGUUCCGGACACCAGACCUCCUGCCAUCCUCUCCUCACAGACCUCACCUGAAACAACAUCACUACAAACCAGCCCCUGAAAAAUACUAAACUCCUUAGGGUGUUCCCAGAGAGAGAUGAGAUCCCAGUGAACACCGACCAGAAAUUCAUCUUGGUAGGAACGGGAUAUAUUUCCCCCGUCUCCUCUGUCCAGUGGGAGUUACCACCCUGUACCAUUUGUAG